UACGUGUGUGUACUACGGACAGCAUCGGACAUCCAGGAUGCAAGCCAUCAAGUGCGUGGUCGUCGGCGACGGUGCGGUAGGUAAAACAUGCUUAUUGAUAAGCUACACCACCAAUGCAUUUCCUGGGGAAUAUAUUCCAACGGUAUUCGACAACUAUUCUGCGAAUGUGAUGGUCGAUGGAAAGCCGAUUAAUCUUGGCCUGUGGGAUACAGCAGGACAAGAGGAUUAUGACAGACUACGGCCGUUGUCUUAUCCACAAACUGAUGUCUUUCUCAUCUGCUUUUCAUUGGUGAAUCCGGCAAGUUUUGAAAAUGUACGUGCCAAAUGGUAUCCGGAAGUACGUCAUCACUGUCCUGCUACUCCAAUUAUUCUAGUUGGCACUAAGCUAGAUCUGCGUGAAGACAAGGAGACCAUCGAACGUUUGAAAGACAAAAAACUAGCUCCCAUUACUUAUCCUCAGGGUUUAGCAAUGGCAAAGGAGAUCGGUGCUGUAAAAUAUUUGGAAUGCUCCGCUUUGACACAAAAAGGCUUGAAGACUGUGUUUGACGAAGCGAUACGCGCUGUACUGUGCCCGGUUCUGCAAGUGAAGCCAAAGCGCAGAUGUUUCCUUCUAUAAUAUUAAAUGUAUCCCUCUUUGCACGUUGGUACUGGAAUGUGCUAAAAGUGUCUCAUCUCAUCUCCAGUGUACCAAACACUAAUCGAAUCAAUCGGAUAAAUUAUCGACUAUUUGGAACCCCAGUUGUACCAGCCUAUAUCAGCUUAGAGGCUGCAACCAUCUACCAGCAUAAGCGCACAAAUGUCAGUUCGGUAUAAAUUUCCAGCGAGCAAAACAAAAGAGGGUUCACAAGGGAGAAUCGUGAAUUUGAGAGAUAUAAAUUCGUUUUUAUGUGGCCUCUACCACAUUUUAAAUGAAAAUAUAAAUUAAUUAUUGAAGUUUACUGCUGUCUAUGCGAGCCAAAUUUCCAGUUUAGACAGUUUAAUCACAUUAUAGGGCUAUAAAUGCAAAUUGACUGGAUGUUCUAAGCAAAAGGAGUGUAAAAGAAGCCAAAAUAACUGAACUAACUACUGUACAGUAUACUAGAAGUACGUUAUUAAUAUUACAAUUAAUUAAUAAUUAUAUAAUGAAUGGGUAAAAGAAAAAAAGCAAAUAUUACUAUAUAAUUGUCCAAACAUUGACUGUAUACUGAUCAGUUUAAUCAAAGAGGAAAACCAUUUUAUGCUAUUCGCUAUUGUACAUUUUAGAUAGGACACGUAUAGUUAAUGUAUUUAAAAUGGAGGAAAAAAGAGAAAAAACGUAGUAGUUUUCCUUAUAUUAUAAAAAAAU